AUGAGGAAGUACGAGUGGGGCUGGAGGGGGGUGCGGAGGGCUGGGCGGCGGGACUCAGGCCACGCGUCCCCUGCCGGGCCCCCACUCGCCCGAGUUUGGCUUACCCGGGUGGCGAGUCCGCGUUCGGCCUCCUGGCACGGGUGGGCUCUCCCUCCUGAGCGGCGCGGGCCUGCGGGCUGGAGAAGGAAGAGGCGGCGGCUGGCCGGAGCCCGAGCGGGCCCGGGUGCGGGUCGGGGCGAGCGGGAGCGCGGCGGGGCCGGGCCAGGCCAGUCAGCGCCGCGCCAUGUCCGCAGCGCGGGAGGAGGGAAGCGCAGGGCGCGCGGUGGCCGGGCGGCGGCGCCGCCUUACUGGCCGGGCGGCUGCGGCCUCGGCGGCGCUGGGCUCCGGGAGCGGGGCCGGCGGCUGCGUGCAGGCCGAGGGCGGCGGCUGCGGCUGGCGGCCCGACCGACGGGAAGGGCAGGGGAAGCUGUCAGCGCGUCGCCGGGCCGCUCCGGUGGCGAAACCUCCUCUUCCUGCCCCGGCUCGCUGGUGCACUUCUCUCUCUUUUCUCUCUCGCUCACUCUCUCACUUCCUGGCUGGAAAUUCCCACUGACGUCGAGAGAGCAUACAGACAGAGGGACACACGCGCGCACGCAGCGGGGGCGGGAGGUGGGGUCGCUGCCGGGGGUGGGGGAAGCCCGCACUUCUAGGGGCGCUGUGCGCCCCCGGCCCGGCUUCGCCGCUCGCCUCGGCUCCCGCCCCUCGGGGCCGCUUCGGGGCGCCGGGCGAGGGGCGCGCGUUAGGCGGCCUGGACGCCGCGGUCCCCUGCGGGGCUCUGGCUUCCUAGCAGGGCGCUCCGGAAUCCCAAGGGCUGGAGCCGGUAGGGACGCCCCCAGGAAGCGCCUGCCGGGCCCAAUGGUCGGGGAACGCAGGCGGCGCGGAGGCGGCGGCGGUGCCGCUGAUAGAGUCAUGCGGUCCAUAGCCCCUAAGGGCAGGCCCCAGCAGCUGGAGGGUCGGCAUGGAUCCAAGCAUGCCAGAUAUAAAAAUGAAGCUCAUCUGUAUAUUCCAUUUAAGUGUGUCUCAGUUACAUUCACAUCUCUUCACAGAUUAAACUAG